AUGAGAAAAGAUAAUGAUCAAUUACGUCCACAAAAAUCAAAAGAAAUUGAAUCCAUAAUGGAUAAUUAUAUGGGCAUAACGAAAGAAGAAAAUGUAGAACCUUUGAAGUUAUUAGAAGAUACAGAUCGAAUACAAUUUCGCAUAGAAGGUCAUGAAGGACCUCAAACAUAUAUUUUUGGUUUUGAUACUGGAUAUGGAAAGAAUAGACAAUUUAGAUUAGAAGAAAGGCAUCAAGAUGGUACAAUAAAAGGACAAUAUGGUUAUUAUGAUGCAAAAGGAAAAUUAAGGAAAAUUCGAUAUGUUGCUAGACCUUCUGAAGGAUAUACUGAAAUACACCAUGAAAGUAAUGUACAAAAUAUAGAAAAAUAA